AAUCAGAAGUUCAGAACUCAUUAUUAUUAUCAUCAUAUUGCUAAAGCUUAUUCUAAGAAUAAAACAUCUAUAAGUUCCUCCGUGAUUUCGUCCCCUCUAUUUUUUUGUUAUUUUAUUAUCCAUCUAUCCAUAUGGCUGCUACUUCUGCUGCAGAAAACAGAACACUUGAGGGAGUUGGAGGUGGUGCCGAAGAGAAACCAAUUCCACUUCAUGAGAAUGUUAUGCAAAAGCACGCUGCAUUCUUUGACACCAAUCAUGAUGGUGUUAUUUAUCCAUGGGAAACUUAUAAAGGGUUGCGAGAAAUUGGAGUUGGGAUAUUACUGUCAAUUGGCGGUUCUCUUUUUAUCAAUGUGUCUCUCAGUGGCAGCACUCGCCCAGGGAAAUUUCCAUCUCCACUUUUACCAAUUGAAGUGAAGAACAUACAACUCGGCAAACAUGGAAGUGACACCGGUGUCUAUGAUACCGAAGGAAGGUUUGUUCCUUCAAAAUUUGAAGAAAUUUUCAUUAAGCAUGCACAUACACAUCCAAAUGCUUUGACAUAUGAUGAGUUGAAGGAGAUGAUAAAGGCCAAUAGACAGCCAAAAGAUUUGAAAGGAAGGAUUGGAAGUUUUGUUGAAUGGCACCUCUUGUACAAGAUUGGUAAAGACAAGGACGGACUCCUACAAAAAGAAACUAUCAGAGGCGUUUAUGAUGGUAGCGUCUUUGAAAUACUGAAAAAGGAGCACUCGUCGGACAAAAAGAACUGAUUAAUCAAAAUCCAUUUGAUAUAAUCAUUAAUAAUGAUAAUUUAUUUCUUUGGAUAAAAAUGCACAUGUUGUAUAAGGUACAAAGAUUGAUAUUUUAAGAAUUGAUGCUUAUAAUGAAAUAAAAUGUUUAGUAUUCCUUUAUA